CCCUCGCCAUGGCAUGAACAAUGGCAACCAUCAAGGCCAUCGAGGCCCGUUCGGUCCACCAAAUCCAAUCCGGCCAGGUCAUUGUCGAUCUGUGCUCUGUCGCGAAGGAGCUUGUUGAGAAUAGCGUUGAUGCUGGUGCUACGUCUAUAGAGGUCCGGUUUAAGAAUAAUGGGCUCGAUUCGAUCGAGGUGCAGGAUAAUGGGGGUGGGAUCGCGCCGGAGAAUUACGAGAAUCUUGCAUUAAAGCACUACACCUCCAAACUCUCCUCCUACGAUGAUCUCUCCCGACUCCAAACAUUCGGCUUCCGAGGCGAAGCCCUCUCGUCAUUGUGCGCACUCGGCGAUUUCCACGUCAUCACCGCGCAAGCACACCAAGCUCCCAAAGCCAACCGUCUCGAGUUCGAAACUUCAGGGAAGUUGAAGAAGACACAGAUAGUCGCAGGCCAGAAGGGCACGACAGUCUCCGUGGCGGGACUAUUCAAGAAGCUGCCCGUGCGGCGUCGCGAGCUGGAGAAGAACAUCAAGCGCGAAUAUGGCAAGGUGUUGAAUCUUCUGCAUGCGUACGCAUGUAUCAUGACGGGCGUGCGGUUCACCGUUAAGAACUCGACGGGCAAGACUAAGAAUGUCGUGGUGUUUUCGACGAAAGGGAAUCAGACGACUAAGGAGAAUAUCGCCAAUGUCUACGGUGCCAAGACGCUGCUGGCGCUGAUUCCGCUGGACCUGGAACUGGAGUUUGAGCCUUCUGCUGCACCGCUGCAUCGCACGACUGGCGCGGGUGCGAGUGCGGGAGAGUCGAACACGCUUGCGGUCCGGGGGCACGUCUCUCGACCGGUCUUCGGAGAGGGUCGGCAGACGCCCGAUCGACAGAUGUUCUUCGUGAACUCUCGUCCUUGUGGACUGCCGCAGAUCGCCAAGGCGUUCAACGAGGUGUACAAGUCUUUCAAUGUCUCGCAGUCGCCGUUCGUCUUUGCCGAUUUCCAUAUGGAUACGAGUGCCUACGACGUUAACGUGUCUCCGGAUAAGCGAACGGUUCUGCUGCAUGAUGCGGGCGCGUUGAUCGAGUCGCUCAAGACCUCGCUUACGCAGCUGUUUGAGUCGGCGGAUCAGACUGUGCCUCAGUCGCAAGUUCAGACUGCUAAGUCGCGGUCACUGCCAUUGCAGCGAAGCAUAUCCAGCAUGGCUUUGUCUAGCGAUAAUGAUGUAGCCAGGGAGAGCGACACGGCUAGAGAUACAGAAGCGGAAAGUAGCCAACCCGCUACCCAAGACAAAGCGGAUAAUGUCACCGGCAGUGGCCCAGCAGACGCGCCAUCCUCGUCUGUCAAAAUAUCGUCAUUCUCACGGGACGGGCCUUCAUCCCCGAUAGCCCAUUCUUCUCAAGCUCGGGAACAAUCACCCGACGAGGACAACGAACUCUUCGUGCCAGAAAACACCUCUCCACACAUCAGAAAAUCCGCAUUGGAGUCCUCCCAAGGCACAGAACAUGAACCCGACACCCAAAUGAGCAUCGACGGUCCCACCCCCCAAAGCAGUGCCACGCAGGAAGUGCACUCUCCCGAAGAGACCCCCAAUACUAUACAAAACGCAUUCGACCGAAUGCGGCCCAGACGGGCACCGGCUGAGAUGGCCACCAUCACGAUCGGGAAUAGGACAGUUACGUCCAUGGUGGGAAGCGGUCCAGUUCGCAAACGGGAUGCUGAUGAUUUUGGCGUCUCUGGUGGUUCUGGUUCUUCGAGUCGGAAACGACGGAUUCAUACACCUUCUCGUCCUAGUAUCUUUGGGAAGCAUAUGAGGGGGUUUGUGGCCCCGGGGGCGAGGUUAGAGGAUUCUGAUGAUGAGGGGGAGGAGGAGGUCGAGGAAGAAGAAGCCGAGGAGGCCGAAGAAGAAGAGGAAUACGGGGAAGAGGAGGAAGAAGAGGAAGUUGGGGAAGAGGGACAAGAACAGGAAGAGAGUGAGCAAGAACAAGAGGAACCAGAAGCCAGCCAACCGGCCAAGCAUGCCCUUGGUAAAGCAUCUCAAGCGACUUCUGAUCACGAAAGCGACCGUUCCUACGACGCUGCUGAUGAUAUAUCUGAAGUGGAUGAUGCUGGGACAUCUCCAGACCCCCAUACACCAACCGGAAAGAGCAUGACUGACGAGGAGAAAAAGAAGCACGAGGAAGCUGAAGUCCAACGACUGAUCCAAGAGGCAGAAGCUAAAGCUGCCGUUCCAGAGGAAAGCAAUAUCAACCGAGCGAACAAAAUGAACAAAGGAGCUGCUCACCGAGAUGCGACAGUCCAGCUGGUAACCACCAUCGACGGGUCGAUCUCCAAUAUCCAGUCUCGGGCACAGAAGCACCAGGAGCACAUGCGUCUCUUUUCCGCUGCGCCCGCCGCUGGCUCUGACGAGGACGCAGCUGCAACAUCCCACGGGACAGCGGAAGAGCGCCUUUCGCUAACAGUCACCAAAGACGAUUUCGCAAACAUGCAAAUCAUCGGCCAAUUCAACCUUGGCUUCAUCCUAGCGACUCGACCCUCAGAUCCAUCGCAGCCAGGACCAUCCAACUCCAAAGACGAACUCUUCAUCAUCGACCAGCACGCCUCAGACGAAAAGUUCAACUUCGAGCGUCUACAGUCCGAAACCAUCGUCCAGAAUCAGCGUCUGGUGCAACCAAAACGGCUCGAUCUCACCGCCGUGGAGGAAGAAAUCGUCAUUGAGAAUCAGUCUGCCCUAGAGAAGAACGGCUUCAUCGUGGAAGUCGACGACAGCGGAGACGAGCCCAUCGGCCGCCGCUGCAAGCUUCUAUCACUGCCACUGAGCAAGGAGGUCGUCUUCGGGGUGCGAGACCUCGAAGAGCUCAUUGUGCUUCUAUCCGAAACGCCUGCAGCGGGCAGCAGUCACUCGGGAUCCACCUCAUACGUCCCUCGGCCGACAAAAGUACGCAAAAUGUUCGCCAUGCGCGCUUGUCGGUCGAGCAUCAUGAUCGGGAAAAACCUGACGGAGAAACAGAUGGUCAAGGUGGUGCGGAAUAUGGGGACGAUCGAUAAGCCGUGGAACUGUCCGCACGGUCGACCGACUAUGAGACAUCUGAUGAGUUUGGGGCAGUGGGAUGAGUGGGAUGAGUUUGGGGGCGGUCUUGAAGACGGCGAUCAGACUCCUGUCGACCGAUUAGGGAUUUGGCGGGAUUAUUUGGGAGAGAUGGGACAGUACAGCGAGGAAGAAGUUGACGAGGAAGAUGGUGAUGCGAUGGAAAGCUGAGCUGGCGCAGCUUUGGGAUACGACUUGCCAUAUUUCGAUAUUUACAUAUACCAUUUACAACCU